UCCUGGGAUUGCUACCGACGCUUUUGAAAGAAGUGGAUCUUUGUUUACCAAUAACGGCGAUAAUUUAAACUGAAUAUAAAGAAGGCGGCGUGUCUUUGUGAUGGUUUGGCAAACUUAUAAUGAUUUGUUAGAACACUUCAAUCAUCAGCUGUCCAUAGGACCAUGAGUGUGAACAUGCCCUUCAUGCCUUCACCGCGAGGGGGGCUACCCCACCAUGGCUACACCAAUGGCUAUGCAGGGGGUAGCGGGGCACAGCCCCAUGUGGCCGUGGGCUCAGUGCCUGGCAGUGGGAUGCAGGGGUUUAUGUUCAGGAGCCGCAAUGAGAGGAUCGAUUGGAAGAAAAUCGCCUCCAUCGACGUGGAUCGCAUCAUGAGGGACUUGGACGUCAGUAGUCUUCAAGACUCCAUUAUGGGUAUAACAUUCUGCGACAUCGAGAGGGAGAUCGACACCAGGAUGGUAGAUCAGAACUUUGUGAUGGUCUUCAAGCUUGCCCAACUGAUUAUUCAGUAUCUUCUUCAUUCUCAGGAGGUUAUGGCCCACAACACCAGCGUAGCGGAGGAGAGGGUCCAGCAGUUCCACGUUGACCACGAGGCGACACGGAUGGAGCUGUCCCAGGUAGGGGAGGAGCUCCAGAAGGUCAAACAGGAGUCGCACAAGAGAAAGAAGCUUUUGAAAAACCAGCAAAGCCUCAUCCAAGCCACAGCAAAUAAUUAUCACAAGUGUAUGUACUGCCAGAAGGCUUUCUUCAACAUAGCCUACCUCCAAUCCCACAUGCAACGCAAGCAUCCAGAGUUUACACCGAGACCUCCACAAGUUGAUGACAACAUCACUGCCAGAAAGAUGAAUGAAGUUAGUGAGAAACUUGAGAAAGAGCUAGAUGAGCUUAGGGACAGAUUGAAGUUCUCAGAGUCGCAAGUAGCAGAGGAGAGAGAAAGAGCACAAGAACAGAUCAAGAUGGCGCUUCAACAAAAACAGAACCAAGGAGAGGCAGAGAAACAAGAAGAACAUCACAGGAAGGAAUUGGAGAGGUGGAAACAUGAACAGCUGAGUUUUCAAAAGGUUGAAAUGGAAAAGAUGCAGAACAUGUUCAUGAAGGAGCUAAAAGAGAUGCAUGAUAAAUACACGUCUUCCCAAACUGCUCUGGAGAAUAUCCAGUCAAAACUAGGCAAGCAAUCUAUGCUGGGUAAGAUUGUGGAUGAGGAUGAACUGGAAGAGUACAAGCGUCGGAGUAAGAAACAAGAGAAGGAGAUGGGCAAGUUAAAAGAGGAACUCCAAACAGAGAUUUCAACGGUCCAAACCCAGAUGGCGACCGACCUGAAGAGGAAAGAGGAGGAAUGGAGGAAGAAGCAGAAGGAGCUGAGAUCGUCCUACAAGGAAGAAGUGAAGGAGCUGAAGGCGCUGCUCAAACAGACCAAGGAGCUCCUGGAGAUAGAGAGAGAAGGAGGAGACAAGAAGGGAGCCAAGUAUCAGAAACAGCUCCAGGACCUCUUGAAGAAAAAUAAGGACUUUGAAAGACAGCUCAAAGGCAAGGAGGAAAAGAUAAAAGAGCUGAAGGUCAAGUCUUCCAAACACUACGAGGUAGUCGAACCCCGGUCUUCCCCUCCGUCUAGGAUGACGAUACCUACCCCCUCCCAGAUGGAACCCGCAUCUGACGAAGAGGACACAGACCAGGAGAAUUCCAUUGAAGGAAUGGACACCUUAUCACGUGUCUUGCAAGAGUCGGAAUCGUGGCUGACCGGCACGCAUCCGUCUUACAAUCUCCCUGAUUCAGAUAUAGAGGAUGAUGAGCUAGAUGGUAUGAAUGGACACGAAUCACAGGAUAAGCUACAUACAUUUGCCAAGAACAAAGAUCGUAUCAUGGCAGGAUUGAAAGAAGAACUGUCAGGUGUCUUACAGAAGAAUAUGGAGAAGAGAGGUGUUCCAGAGGGGAUGAGAGGAAUCUCGGCACAGUCCCUGGAGAACAAGAUACGAGUCUUGAAGCAAGAGCGCCAGCAGCUGGCCAAACAGCACAGCAAGUUCUACGACAUCCGAGAGCGCUUCAAGAGGGAGAUAGAUCGCAAGGCAGCAGAGAUGAGGCGGAGUGGAUCGCCUGUAGGCAAGGCUGGCCGUUCAGCAUCGCCUCAACCUCGACUGAAGGCAGUCACUCCCCCUCCUCGAUCUCAUAAGGUAUCCUCAAAGGGCAAACCAACGGGAAAACAGCAACAGCAGCAAAGGAAUCAGCAACAGCAGAGACAGCAACCGAAGCAGCAGCAACCGAAGCAGCGGCCCCAGUCAGCGGUCAAGGGGCUAUCCCCAGGCCAGGUCAGGUCAGGGCCACCAUUAGCCCCUAGGAGCCCCGCCCUGAAUGAUCGGCGGAGCAGGGGUGUGUCUUCCAAGGGGCGAGCCAACACCCCCAAAUCUAAUGUUAGAGUAUCAUUUGAAGAUGAAAGCGAAGAAGACGAUGAGGAGGAAGAUGAGAGUGAAGAGGAGGAGGAAAGUGAAAGUUUUGAUGAUGAAUCAGAACCGGAAGAACACUACAAGACUCCUAAUGUCCCACCCAGACCGGCAGCCCACAACCAGCCCGCUACCAAUGGGUUUCAUCAUCGCAAUACAGAGGGUGAUGAUGAUGAGGAGGAGGAUAGUGAAUGGGAUUCUGAAGAGAUCAGUGACCUAGACGAAGCCAGGCCGAAACCAGCUCCAGCUCCAGCAGCCAGACCUAUCACUUCGGUUCGUCAGCCUCAGGGCCAAAUGGUGUCCAGCUUGACCAGGAGCAUCGAGCUACAGCUGAGUGGGCGUCAAAAGGGCCGGAAGCCUGUAGGGGGUGUGGACUUGGGUGCCGGUAGCGCCAAGCCCCCUCAGCCAGCACCCAGGACCCCUUCGCCAUCCCCUACCCCAAGGAUACCGACGAUCCCUGAUGCCGGUCUUGAUGAUGAGUUUGAUGAUUCUGGAAGCCUCUCUGUAUCCUCCUUGGGUGAUAGCUUCUCAGGUUCUGCACAGAAAGCAACCAGCCCUACCCCAGCACCAAGGACAGGCAAAAAAUCCAAUGAUACAGACAUGUCCAGCAAUACGUAUAACACCAGUAUGUGGGGCUCAUCAAAAGCCAAAGGAAAUGGAACCGGCACGGGGAAGAGCUCACUCGUUUCAGUGACCGACUUUGACGAUGACGACGACGACUUUGACAUCGACGACUUGGGCUGAUAGCAUGAGAGCCUGUCCCCAAAGUCCCAAAUGUGUAUGUUACAGGGCAAAGUCUAAGGUAUUUGGUCAUUUUGCCUGCAAAGUAAUAUACAGUUUUGAAUAUAGGUUGGCGUCGAAUGCAUUUUUUUCACUUCAUAUUUGGUCUGAGAAAAGCUCUCGUUAAGCUCUUGACUUAUUACAAUGAUCAGAUAAACUCUAAAAUCUUAGAUGAAGUCUUUGAUGAUGAAGUCAGUUUUGAACACAAGUUGAAGUCAGAUGUAUUUUUUUCACUUCCUAUUUGGUUUGAAAAAAGCUCUCAUUGGGCUUCUAACUUAUUACAAUGAUCAGAUAUAUAGAUGAAGUCUGUGAUGUGGGGAAAAACAGCUUGGAUUUGAUCUGAUACUGAUGAUUGAGGCUCAUCUUAUUACUCUCCGUCAUAGAAUUUGUCGGUAAUAAUUUCACAUCUACCUCAACAACAGUUCCUCUUAAACCAUCCAGGGGGGUGUUUCACAAAGAUCCUAAGUCGAACUUAACUCGAAGUUGGACUUUAAUAUUAUGGAGAGCCAUUUGUAGCCUUAAAAUGACAUAUA